GUUACCAAUCUAGUUGAAAAUGUAUCAAUCUUUGACAGAAAGACCAAAACCCACCAUUACCCUGAAUUCGAACUGGACGGAGUUCUUCAGUGGAGAGGAGGUCUCUCUCAGAUGUGACCUAAAGAGUGGGAAGAUCAGUGACUGGAAGUACAGCUGGUUUAGGGAUGGAGUGAGAGUUUACCGUUAUAGAGUCUAUAAGGAAUAUGAAAUCAAACCAUCUCAAAGUGGUAACUAUAUUUGUAAAGGACAAAGGAAAGGUGAUCAAAAUCCAUCAGAAAGAAGUGAUGCUGUUGCUGUUACAAUUUAUUCUGAGAAAGCCCAGGCAGUUCUGAGUACCCUCUCACAGACCUGGCUGCCUGAAGGAGACUCAGUGACUCUGAGCUGUGAGGUUAGAGGCUCCACUGGCUGGAGAUUCCACUGGUACAAAACUGCCCCCUACAGGCCUGAUUUCCCUCAAAUAACACAUGAAAACAGGGGAUUUUCUUUAGAGUUGGUCUCAGACAGCAUAAAAGGAGCUGGAGGCUCCUACACUCUCAGCCCUGCUGCUCUUAGACACACAGGGGUUUAUAUGUGCAGAGCAGAGAGAGGAGAGCCAGCCUAUCACACAGAGUUCAGCCAACCUCAGCCUCUCUGGGUCACAGGUGUGUCUCCUCCAGCUUCUGUGAUGAUCCAUUCAAACUGGACCCAGAUCUUCACAUAUGAGCCUCUCUCCCUGAGCUGUGGGGUUCAGGGCAACUCUACUGGAUGGAGACUGAGGUGGUUCACAGACAGAAGAGAAAAAUCAGAGUGUCCCACUGACUGGAGAUCAGAAACAGGAUCCAGCUGCAGCAUCAGCUCAGCAUCUCCAUCAGACAGUGGAGUGUACUGGUGUCAGUCUGAGUCUGGAGAGCAGAGCAAUCCUGUCAACAUCACAGUACAUGUUGGUGUUGUGAUCCUGGAGAGUCCUGCCCAUCCUGUGCCUGAGGGAGAUCCUCUGACUCUACGCUGUAGAUAUCGCUACCAGCCAUCACACUUCAGUGCUGACUUCUAUAAAGAUGGGACACUCCUGCAGACCUCCACCACAGGAGAGAUGACCAUCCCUGCAGUCUCCAAGUCACAUGAAGGCCUCUAUAAGUGCAGACACCCAGAGAGAGGAGAGUCACCAGAGAGUUGGAUCACUGUUAGAGAUUCUGACUCCUCCAUGUUGGUGGUGGCCAUGGGUGCACUGAUGGGGCUGCUUGUUGCCUUUGCUCUGGUCGUUUUACUGCUCCUGCUGCACCGCUCCCGGAAAGCCAAAGGUGGUGCUGUGGUUGGAACUGAUGAUGUGGUCUAUGCUGAGAUCGAGCUGAAGAACAGAAAUGCAGAGAAGAAAAAGAAAGAAAGCCCAUUUGUGAAAACCAAUAUAGAUGCAAUCAAUUCAGACACUCUGUACUCACCCCUGAAGCCAGUGAAGAAACCAGAUGAAGAUCGAGCUGGACCCAGUGAUGUGACGUAUGCACAGGUUAAUGUUAAAUCGAAGAAACCUAAGAAACAAGAUUCAGCUGGCCCUAGUGAUGUCACAUAUGCUGACAUACAGAUCAAGAUGAAACCACUGGAAAAAAGAGAUGGAGGAUCCAGUGAUGCAACAUAUGCUCAAGUUAGGAAGAAAGCCAAAAAACCUGGAAACACAUUGUUCAGCUCUGUGUUACAGUAUGGACACAUGGAAGUGAGACAAAAGGCUGUUGUGAUCCUCAAGCCCAACUGGACAAAACUGUUCCGAGGAGACACAGUGUCACUCAGAUGCCACAUCCCGGGAGAGCCAUCCACCGACUGGGAGUACAUUUGGUAUAAAAACGAGGAGGAGCUUAACCCUUACAAGGUCUGGAGUGAGAGCAACGAGUAUAAGAAUGUGGGCCCGGUGGACGAGACUGACCGCGGCGAGUACGCCUGUCUGGGCAUGAGGAAGGUUGACUCGGUCUUCUCUGAGAUCAGUGACGCUGUAGUACUUACUGUCUCAGAGAGACCCAGGGCUGUCAUUCUCCAGAGGCCUGACUGGCCCCAGAUCUUCAGCGGAGAGACGGUCACUUUCAGGUGUGACAUCCCAGGUGAGCUGCCGUCUGAGUGGAGGUACCGCUGGCGGAAGGACGGGCAGAAGGUAAAAUCCGAUUCCGUUGGAGAGACAAAUAUUUACAGGAUAACGGUCGCCGACCAGUCCCACAGUGGCAAGUACACCUGUACCGGCCUGCGGAAAAGUGACUACAAGUUCUCCCUCGCCAGCGAGUCUGUGACACUGACCGUGUCAGGGAGGCCGCAGGCUGUGGCGAUUCUGACCCCUAAGGACAUGGAGAUCUUCAGCGGCGAGUCAGUCUCCCUCCGCUGCCUCAUUCAGGACGGGGAGGCGGCGGGAGACUGGAAGUACAGCUGGUACAAGAGGGGCUACGUGGGCUACAGCCAGAUCAGCGACGCGCAGGAGUACGGUAUCAGCCCCGCCGCCGAGGCCGACAGUGGAGACUACACCUGCAGGGGCACGCGCAACGACGCCCAGAACUCCGAGACCAGCGAGCCCAUCAGGCUGAACGUGUCAAGCCUGCCCAAAGUUUCAAUCGCUAUGAACCUAGAGAGCCCCAUAUACAUUGGAGAGACGGUCACUCUGGAGUGUGUGACUGCCUCUCGCACUGACUGGAGCUACACCUGGUUCAAAGGCAGUCCGCAGACCGAGGCGCUACCCUCGGACCGUGAGAGUAAAGGCGGCAACACCCUCACCAUCAGAGGGGCCUCAGAACUGGACCAGGAUGAGUACUGGUGUCAGGGGGAGAGAUGGAACAGCACCACGGCUUCGCUCAUGAGUGACCCGGUUUACCUGACCGUGUCUGACUUGCCGACCGGCUCCCUCUCUGCAAAGCCCCCGAACCCUGUCUUCACUGGGGAGACCGUCACCCUGACAUGUGUGCUGGAAUCACACAGUAACUGGUCCUAUAAGUGGUACAAAGGAAGCUCUCAGAACCCAGUGUCUCAGUCCGACCGGUACCAGAGAGAGGCAAACACCCUCAUCGUCCGGGGGGCGGUCGAAUCAGAUCAGGACCAUUACUGGUGCCAGGGGGAAAAGGACACCAGACCCACUUCCUCACACAUGAGUACUUAUGUCUACUUGUCUGUCACAGCCUUGCCCACUGCCACCCUGACAGUCCAGCCCCCGAGCCCUGUGUUCAGCGGAGAGAUAGUGACGUUUACGUGUGCAAUACAGUAUCUCCGAGACUGGACCUACAGGUGGUACCGACGCAACUCCUCUGAUGCGGUGACCCAGUCGGAGCGCUACAGCCGAUCCGGGAACACCUUGACCAUCCGAGGCGUGGCCGACUCGGACCAGGACCAGUUCUGGUGUCAGGGGGAGAGAGACACCCGGCCCGCUGUGUCACAGAUCAGUGAGAAUGUCACUCUGAAUGUACAUGAAUUCAAGCCAAAGCCACGGCUAACGUCCAACCGAUCGGAUCACAUCUACACCGGUUCAUCUUUGACUCUGACCUGUGAGAUGGACCCGUCCACUGGUUCUGGGUGGACAUUCUUCUGGUACCAAAACUCACAGAACUCGGAACCUACGUUCCAAUCGGACGAGAACACCUACACCAUCAACUAUGUGAAGGUCUCUGAUGAAGCACUAUAUUUCUGCUGUGCUGGAAGAGGCAGCCCAGUCUAUUACACACACUACAGCAAUGCAACAUGGAUACAAGUUACUGAGAGACCAAAGGCUGUCAUCACCCUGUUGUCUAACUGGACGCGGAUAUUCAGCGGCGAGACCAUCUCUCUCCAGUGUGACAUUCGCGGCACCACAGACUCUGACUGGGACUACAUCUGGUACAAGAACGGCUACCUGAACAACCCUAUGAGCCGCGAGAAGGAAUACCGCGUCACCCUGGUGUACAGUCACCGCGGCGACGAAUACACCUGCAUCGGCAGGAGGAAGAGGGAGCACACAUACUCAGAGAUGAGUGACCCGCACAGCAUUUCAGUGUUCGACAGACCCAUGGCUCUACUCAGUGUCCCUGGUCCGAUCUGGGUGCACGAGGGCGACACGGUGACCCUGAGCUGCGAGGUGAAGGGCCCGACCGCAGGCUGGAGGUUCCACUGGUACAGAGCGGACUCGGCGGCCAGGCAGACCCUCGUGUACAGCAACGGCGGCUCCUUCACCGUCAGCCCAGCGCGGCUCCGGCACUCGGGCCUGUACACGUGCAGAGCAGAGCGAGGGGAUCCGCCGUACUACACCAAAUACAGCAAGCUCCAGCCUCUCUGGGUCACUGGCCUGUCACCUCCUGCCUCUCUGGUCAUCAGGCCUAACAGAACCCAGCACUUCAUAUAUAAAUCCCUGUCCCUGAGCUGUGAGAUGCAGGACUACCCUGUCGGCUGGAGCUUGAGGUGGUUCACGGACUCAGGGGAGAUAUCGGAGUGCCCGGCUGCGUGGAGGUCAGUGGUAGGCUCCACCUGCACCAUCAUCCACCCACACGAAUCAGAGAGCGGCGUGUACUGGUGUCAGUCAGACACCGGGCUGCGCAGCAACCCUGUCAACGUCACGUUUCAUGAUGCCGACGUGAUCCUGGAGAGCCCCGUCCACCCCGUGACGGUGGGCGACCCGUUGACCUUGCGCUGCAGGUACCGUAAGACGCCCGCCAGCGCCGAGGCCGACAUCUUCAAGGACGGAUCCCCCCUUCAGCCCACCAUCACCGGGGAGGUGACCAUCCCGGAGGUGACCCAGUCCCACGAGGGACGGUACCGGUGCCGGCACUCCGACAGGGGAGACUCCCCAGAGAGCUGGGUCACAGUGAGAGCCAAAGAUACUCGGCCACAAAAACAGCUCGCACUUUGGCUUGUGCUGGGACUGUGCAUCGCACUGUGCAUUGCACUUGCCCUGGUGGUUGUGUUUGCAUUGCUGUAUCGCUACAGAGGCUUGUUCAUUCAUGGAAGACUAUUUGGCCGUGGACGGCAGGGCACCCAUGGGGGGUCGAGCGAGGAGCAGAACAGGCCCGUGGACCGCCAAGGGGAAAAGUCUAGCAAAGUUCCAUGGCAGUUUGCAGGAGCCUCAAGUGGUCCUAGCGAUGUGGUCUUCACUGAGAUCGAGCUGAAGGAGAUGCGUAGAAAGUGGUAUAAGGUGAAAACCGAAUCUGCUGGUGGCCGGCUACCUAAGACCCACAGCCAGGAAGUGUCCAUUCUGAUUUGAUACUGGAGCUGAGGAGGACAUGGACAGUCCACUUCAGGAUCUUAGCUCCAAGUGAACGCAGUGCAUAUAGCCAGUGCAUAGACAACACUCAAUCACAGAGAGGAUAAAGGCACAACUGUUCUAAGGAUGAAAUUCAGAAUGGCUUAAAGAAGAUCUGCUUUUAUUCUGUGUCUUUUCAGCACUGUUUGUUUGGGCCGUGCAAAUAACAGGCCCCUCACACAGUGCUACUACAAGACAAUCAUGAUAGCAGGAAUCACAAAGAAAUGAAGGGUUAAUGGUUUAACGGCACAGUACAUUAUCAGUGAACAGCAUUUUUCUGUUACUGUAAAAUGUAAUUUAAUAAUUGAAAAAGAAUGCUAUUUAUUCAUCAGGACUUACUAUUCCCGUCCCAUUGGCCUUGUCCAUGUAGUCA